AUGGCCGGUAUGCAGUACAGCCACAUCACACUCACCACGGCCACGCGUGCCCUCAACAUCACAGACGACCCGUCCUUCGUGCCGGCGGGCUUCCCUCAGAACGCCACUCCAGGCUUCUUCUUCAUGCCCGAGUCCUUCGUGCAUCUCCUGCGCUACCCUCUCUCUCUCAGCCUUUGCGACAGGCAAUCCGAAGCGGAAGCAGUGAGUCAAGAUGGCAUCGUUCUCAACUUCUCACUGCUUUUGGGAUUUGGGAACAACAACACAGCGGUGGAUCCGUUCACGGCCUUCCCCACCAUCGACAUUGCUUUCCCCUUUAUUAUGAACACCAGUCGCACCGCCCACUACUAUCUCAAGCCUCGUGAGUACCUCGCUCAGGUUUCACCUUCCGAGUACUACAUGUUGGUCAACUCUCUUGAUCCUGGAAGCUACUACAACAGCUUCAUUGGAGAGCCGGGGCUGCUCGGCAGGUACCUCCUUCUGGACUACACCAAUCAGUACGCAGGAUGGAUGUAUUCCCCUCACUGUGGAGCUGAGCCUCUGCAGCUGCCACCCUCCCCGCCUCCACCACCCUCGCCUGUUUCUGAUGGGGCCACCCUCUCCCUCUCCUUACUCCCCGCAGCACUCUCAGCUGCUCUUGUCCUUGCCACCUCCGCCGCCCUGCUGGCUGUCGCUUGCCUGUAG